AUGGACACAAUCAUGUCGCGUGAAAUAUGGGGCACAGCGCCACCGGAAACUCGGAGUCGCAUGGCGAACUGGCCGACUGUAUUGUUCAGUUGGUGGUGCACAUCAUUCGCGGCAGCAGUCAUCAUCACUCGCCUGCUGAGCCGCAAGGUGCGAAGCAAUAAGCUGUUUCGCGAAGACUGGAUCAUGAUGGCAUCUCUGGUCCCUCUCUUCCUACGCAUGGUGUUCAUUCACUUCGUCCUGAUAUAUGGAACCAACAACAUCGAUGUUUCCAACAUCGAGUUGACCGGUACUCGACUCCGCAACCACGAGAUGGGAGCACGACUGGUUCUAGCUGGCAGAAUCUUCUAUGCGAUGUUCCUAUGGACCUGCAAGUUCACCAUGUCAGAGUUCUUGAAACGAAUCACGAUUCGGGUGUGGAGGCGAAGCUGGGAGCUCACAUUACAAGGCAUCAGGAUCUUUCUUGGGGUCACUUUCUUUGCUGUUGUCGCCGCAACUCUAAGUGAAUGUCAGCCUUUCGAACAUUAUUGGCAAGUUAUUCCAGAUCCCGGUCCCCACUGCAGACAAGGAUUCGGCAACCUGCUUACCAUGGGUACCUGUGAUAUCGUCACUGACAUCUUACUGAUUGCCUUCCCGGUCCCUGUGGUACUGAAUUCUGGUCAAACAUGGAAGCGAAAGGCCCAGAUGAUAUCCCUGUUCAGCAUGUCAGCCGUCAUGAUCGCUAUUACGGCGACCAGGAUGCCCAUGGUCAUCGGCCACCAAGGGCGCCAGCAAUACCGAACCGUUUGGGCUUCUUGUGAGAUACUGGCUGCGGCGGCCGUCUCAAAUGCCGUGAUACUUGGGUCAUUCUUACGUGACAAAGGCACGAAGAAGCGGAAGUACAGAACUUUCAGCAUAUCCGACAGCAUCGACCGUGCAUCUGUACGACGUCCGACACUGCCCACUCUUCACGACGUCGAUAGCGACGAAGAUCUUUUCAGAUCUUUAGGUUGUCGUGUGCCCGCGCACUUGCAGACGAUACCGGCUGCUUCGCCUCGCCUGGCACCGCCUGCGCUACCGGCUCCAUCUCCAAACGAACUUUUGAUGACCACGGCCAACGUACAGCGUACGAACAGGGAAUUGGACAGCGAUAGUGACGACAGUCUUGUCAAGCCUGUUCCGCCACACGCUUUACCCGUGUCGACCCAAAACCAAGAGCUGAGCUUUUUCGACAUAGGGAAUCUGCUUGAGGAGAAUGAGAGGUCGAUUGGAUCGAGAUCUCGGUCAACCAUCGUUGAUUCCGGGGACUCCGCUGUUGCUGCACAGGACUUUGCGACAUACUCGACUCCAAGAUCUUCCCGACCCGGAUCCCGAACGUUUCUUCACGAUGUGGGUGGCAUAUUGAGCUCACGUCGCGGCGAGAAUCAUGAGAGGGGCUCGUCGCGACAUAAUGGUAGGACCCGAACAGCUCCGACGGGUAUUCUGGGUCCCAUGCUCGAGCGCCACGAGACGCAGGUCUCUCUACAAGACGCCGGCGGUCUGCUGGAGUCCACAACACCGCAGACGCACAGCUCGCUGUCUGCCAACGAGUACGGGCAUACCGAAUCGAAUUCGCAAAGGAUUAGGAUGUCGUUCCAUCGAACAGCUGCUCGUUCUCACACAAGACAAUAUCUUGACCACGAGGGCAUUGAGCUGGAAGACAUUGACGACGAUCUAUUUGAAAAGAGUCGCGUGAGUCGAGGCGCCAUGACGUUACAAGAAGCAUUGGCCCACAAUCGCAAUCACGAUGACAAUGGCACCGGGAGGGACUUAGCUGUGCAGCACCAACAGCCUGAUGAUAUGGUUCUUCAUGACCCUGGUGGCCUGGCGCGAUCAUCUUGA